UUCAUAUAUUUUACAGAGCCACACCUUAGUUGUGUCAUCGUUUGAGUUACUCUGUUCUCUUGAUGAUAUGUUUUCAUGACAUUUUUCACUUGCAAUUAUUGGUCACUUUAAGACAGUUACGGACUGAUGCAGAAAAAAAGUGUUGCUCAAGAACUGUCAUUGUUUUAGAGACCAUAUCGCUGUAAUUUCUUGCACUAUUUGUCCUCAGUAAAUUAAAUUUGUUUCAGUGGUAAUCGGACAAAAUUCCAUCCCGCCCUCUGGUGAUAUAUUGAAACAUAUGAAAGAUCACUGUACGGCCUUGCAAGAAACCAAUUAACCAGUACAAAAGACAAAAACUGCACCAAAAAAUUACAGCUUCUUGAUGUUUUACGAAAUCUCUAUUGCCUUGGAGAAGGAACGAUGCAAUCCGUUCGCCGUAUUUAACAACAAUUCUGACAAAAACGUCCUCCGGCAGCAGCGAAUUAUCCGCUGCACAUGUAAGCAGACAACCCACCCGAUGGUAUUCUUGCCAAAACAGUUCCCGCCAUAGUUUCAUACCAAUCUACGUUCUGUAAAACGGCCGUGUUUUUACCCUUUUACGCCUGUCUUUCAAAAAACUGUUUUCUUGUAAAUCUCGCUUUUGUUGUACAAACAACCAUUGUCAAGUUAUUGAUGUAUACAUGUACCCAGUCUGGUUAUUUGGGACACGUUUCGUUAAAAAUUCAUUAUCCACCGAAACACGCAUGCCUGUUCACAAGUUGAAUCGAGUUAGGGAAGCGUAAAACGUCAAUAUCUUCAUUUUUCUUGUCGAAAAUCCCCUUAAACAAGGACACUAAGGCAGCCUUGCCUCCAUUCCUGCCUUUGAAUCAUCUGUGUCACAAAUGAGUUGAGAUAUGAGGGAUUCACGGCGUUUCGUGUUUGUUGUGACCAUUUUAUUUGUCAUAGUGCAGUCGACAUGGGGAAUUCGACACGACACUUUCUGGGGAGAGAAAGCACCUCCUGGUUGUGAGCCCUGUCCCAAGAACAAUGAGGGUCUUUUUGACACUCCAAUAUGCGGCAUGAAUGGUAUCGCUUACAAGAACUUCUGCUAUCUCACACUAAGGAACUGCAUCGCCAAGAUUUUGAAGAAGAAACCAGUCUUUCCCUCAAAGGACCCUAAAACUUGCGGGUUGCAAAUGAAGAUGUACAACACAUUCUCCGACAAACCAUUCAAAAGAAGAAGGAGAGCAAUAAAACUGUUAGAAAAGACUGUAACAGAAAACGGAGGUUACUAAGAUGAGCAACGAACUACAGUACUUGUACAUGAUUUUAUAGCUGGAAUGAAAGUCAAGAAGACACAGGGGGAGGGGGCAGCCACAAGGGGGGUCUGGGACCGAGAAAUAAUAAUUUUACAACUUACAAAGCAGUCAGUUUAGGAGUCAGCUUAUGUUAUAGUCUAACAUAUAUGUAUUAGGGGAAUCGGCCAUCCCUCCUAAAGGCACGUUGUUUAAUUUAAAGGAGCUCAGUUACGGUAUUUUGAGUGAUUUUGGCCACGUCCAAAACUACAGUUAAAUUGAAAGAACAUGAAAAUAAUAGUUUACUAAUAUAGAAAAGCACCAAAGAGAUAAUAAUAAAACAUAAAGGAACAAGGAUGA